AUGCAAGAUGAUUAUAAGCCAUGUUUCGUUUCUUUCAUUGACGCAAAUAAUAAGCCAAUUUUAGUCCAUGUAACUGCAAAAUAUAGGGAUAACAUAGACAAUCUGUUAAAAUUCAAUGUACUUUCUAAUAUGUCCUUAGACUAUUUUGAAAGCCAAUUAUUUGAAUGGUCCUCAUUAUCAAAAAAUAGAGAACUCAAAACUUUAUUUAAUAUUGAUGGUUCAAAAGUGUAUGGUAUGUUAAUUAAGCAAACAGGAUUGAAGAUUAUAAUUGGAUUUAAUCAAAACAUAAUAGAUGAUGAAGUCAAAAUUAUCGAAGUUUUUGAACUUAUUCGUAAAAUUUAUGUGAAAACUAAAUGCAACCCAUUUUUAAAUAUUGAUUUAAAUGGUAAUCUAAGUAAUAUAAGUAAUGACGACGAUGAUAACGGAAAGAAUCACAACUUAGCACAAUUGUUAGAUGAUAGGUUAUCCAAAGAAUUGUCUUAA